AUGAUUUACUACAGGGAUCAAAGAUUCUCCGACCACAAGUUAUUCGGGAGUGUCAUAAUUUCGAUUGCGAUGGUGUUGUAUCUGGUAAAAACGAUACUCCUGAUUGCUUGGCUGAAGAGUUUAGAGUGGAAUAAAUAUGCGGUUCAACUUGCCAAUGAAGUGAUAAGUUUGACGAACUUCAUGGAAAGUUCAUUUGGACGUCUUUCCUGGGAGUGCAGUUACUUUAUAUUUUUUUUCUGGGUCCUGUUUCCAAUGACAGUUUUUGAAUCGUACAAUUACUUUGCGGUGCCCAUGCGCUUAUAUGCGUUUAGCACCAUAUUGCUGCAGAUAAUCUACAAUGCCUACGCUGUCUAUCAAAUGCUGCUCCUAUCGUGGAUCCAAACUUUAAAUAGCUUUCUUAAGUUGAAUCUGCUUGGCAUUGAUCUGAAUAAUAUAAAGAAUGAAUAUGGAGUGGACAUUAACACAAACGAAAAAAGGAAAAACCAGCUUGACCACAUUGACUUACAUUCGCAAGUCCAGUCAUUUGGAAAAGAAAUCAUAAUCAUGAAUAAUGCUUGUGGAUGUAACUUUGUCCUAAAUUUCUUUUUUUGCGUCUUGAUGACUGCCCUAAGUUUUGUGCAGUUUUCUUUAUCUACUGGACACAGAUUUGUAAAUUUGUAG